UGAUAUCGAAUUAUUGUCCGGCCCUACUAGUAUAAAAUGAAUGGGUACUAGUAUCUAUUUAAUAAGUACUAGUACCUGAUAAUUAACUACUAGUAUUUCAAAAUAUGCACUAGUCCCAGCUGGAAUACACACUAACCAAAACUGAAUGGUUGAUAUCUCAAUAACAGAUCCCCAUAGAAAUCAAUGAAAUUUAAAAAUAAUGUUUUACUAGCAACAACAGUUACAAGUCACUAUUAAAAUAAGCACUAGUAUCUUAUAAACAAGACUUGUAUCUAUUUAAUAAGUACUAGUAUCUUUGUGCACUUAAAUCAGGUUGAUUUUGUACAUUAACAUAAUGGAUGUCCAUACAACAGUGGAUAUUAAUGUGUAUCCUGUCAUAUUUGCCAUUCAAUUUGUACGUACAUUGUGAGCAAUAGUGAGAGAGAGUGGCUCUGACACGCAAAUGGGAACAGUGGGUGGGGAGAACUAGCUCUUUUGCAUUAAAGACACGGGCAACAAAAACAGCUACAGUGUCUUAACAGCUCAAAUUUCCCACAUUCAUAAAGAUAUAAAUAAUCUGAUGGGUAUUUUGAGCUGAAACUUUACAGAUACUUUCAGGAGACACAAAAGACUUUAAAAAAAAAAAAAAAAAAAAAGACCCAAUCUUGGUAAAAGGGGUAAAAUAGCCCUUUAAAAGUAAUGUUUGUAGUGUUAGUGUACUUUGCUUAUAGAAUGAAGCUAAAAUAGCACCGAUUAAUCAUGAUUUAUUGAUAAUUGAUUUAAAGCGCAGUUUCUUACUUAUUUCAGGCCUGAUGGAGGAGACAAAAGAGAAAACUGGCUCACUAAAGGGAAAAGCUGAAACAUGUUUGACCUGCACUCAGUGUGGAAAGAGUCUGGGCAGCAAACAGAGUCUCAGGAAUCACAUGAUGAUGCACACUGGAGAGAAACCGUUCACAUGUGCUCAGUGCGGGACGAGUUUCAGACAUGCGUCAGCCCUUAAUCAGCAUAUGUUGAUCCACACUGGAGUGAAACCGUUCAAAUGUGCUCAGUGUGGGACGAAUUUUAGAUGUAUGUCAGCCCUUAAACAGCACAUGAAGAUCCACACUGGAGAGAAACCGUUCACAUGUGUUCAGUGCGGGAAGAGUUUUAGACAAUCAGCAGCCCUUGGUGAACACAUGAAGAUUCACACUGGAGAGAAACCGUUCACAUGUGUUCAGUGCAGAAAGAGUUUCAGACAGUUAUCAGCCCAUAAUAAACACAUGUUGAUCCACACUGGAGAGAAACCGUUCAGAUGUGCUCAGUGUGGGAUGAGUUUCAGACAAUCAUCACACCUUAAUCAACACAUGUUGAUCCACACUGGAGAGAAACCGCUCACAUGUGUUCAGUGCGGGACGAGUUUUAGACAAUUGUCAGCCCUUAAUGACCACAUGAAGAUCCACACUGGUAAGAAACCGUUCACAUGUGUGCAGUGCGGGACUAGUUUCAUACAAUCAUCACACUUUAAAAAACACAUGUUGAUCCACACUGGAGAGAGAACACACGAAUGUGAUCAAUGCAGCAAAACAUUUUUGAGUGUUUCAGAUCUGAAGGUCCAUCUUAGAGUUCACACAAAGGAGAAACCUUAUUCAUGUUCAUUGUGUGGGAAGAGAUUUAAAUAUCAGCAAAGUAUUAAAAAACAUCAGAAGAUCCACACUGGUGUGAGAGAGUAUAUGUGCUUUGAGUGUGAGAAGACUUUUAUUACAGCUGGAGAACUGAAACUGCACCAGAGGAUUCACACUGGAGAGAAACCGUACGUGUGUUCACACUGCGGCAAGACAUUCAGUCAGUUAGGAACCCUGAAAAAACAUCAGAGGAUCCACACUGGAGAGAAACCUUAAAAAAAAAAACAAACACAAUAUCUCCUCAAACCCCCUCUAAAAAGAAACCCAAAUGACUUAAAAUCACAGAAUGUCAAGAAAAUAAAUUGUUUAUUAAUGUUUAGAAAUUUUGCAUUAACGAGCAGUUGGACAGGUGUACCUAAUAAAGUGGCCGGUGAUAAAAUAUGUUAACAUUAUUAAAGUGUGAAGAAGACAUUAUAUGUACUGAAUGCUAAGAUGGAAUAAAAUGUGUCAAUUACAGC